AUGGACAGUUCUGUUGCAUGGAAUCCUUCAAAUGGUUAUGUGGCUGGGUACAUUUUGGACAUACUCAAAAUUGAUAGUAAUUGUGAAUCCUGUGCAAGGUUAUUUCUUUUGGUUGUCACUGAAAAACAUCUAUUUGUGACGUUUAAAGAGCAUGAUGAGGAAAAGCGAUUGAAGUGUGCAAGUGAAGAUUUAAAUAAGCUGGUUGGUCUUCUGGAUGAAAAGCUGUAUGCAUUUUUAGAGCAGCAUGGUACAGAAGGCCAACUGGAAUUGCAGCAUCCUUGGGAGGGAGCAGACAUCAGGAGCUUUUGGUUUUAA